AUGUUGGAUUUUGGAGGCGAGCCGAUCUUUGACGAUCGCAUCGUCAAGUUUCACACGUACAAUCCGUACGUGAACACAACGUUUGGACAUAGCGAUGAAAUAAGGAUACCCAUACAACAGCAGGUAACAUACACGUUACCCUGUGAAAGCUGUCUCUAUGUCGAAGAAAGACUUACGUCAAAAGAAGAAGAAAAUGCGGAACAGCGGCCGAAGCUUGGAAUUAAUUGCGUGGCGUUCAUGUUUGAGGAAAUUCGAUACGAACUCAAUGGUUCUGAGAUUGAUCGUAAUAGAAACGUUGGAAUAACUACUCUUUUGAAGGGCUAUUCAACGCAUUCAGCUGACUUCACACAUCAAAUGGAGAAUGCCGGAUUUGUACAUCCGGUGUUUGAUUACGAUGUAAGAAGAUUAGUAACAGAGAAUGAAUAUUUUAGUUUUUACGUACCGUUGCACAUGUUGUUUGGCUUUUGCGAAGAUUACAAACGUGUGGUAAUUAACGCGCGUCACGAAUUGAUUUUGAUACGAGCGCGCAACGACAAUAAUUGCAUCGUGGGAGAUGCAGCGAAAGAGCCGAAACUUGAACUGUUCAAGAUACAGUGGCUAAUGCCUAAUGUUACGUUGAACGAAGUCAAUAAACUGUCUAUGUUGCGUAUCUUGGAGAACGGACGAUAUCUGAGUAUGAGUUUCCAUUCGUGGGAUCUGUACGAGUAUCCUCUAUUGCCGAGCACAACGAAGCACUCGUGGACUAUCAAGACUGCGACGCAGCUCGAAAAGCCGCGAUACGUCAUCUUUGCUCUGCAAACUAAUAAAAAAAACAACAUGUCAGUACACAAAACUUUCCUCGACAAUUGUAAAUUAACCAACGUGAAACUCUAUCUGAAUUCUGAAUUUUUUCCAUACGAUGAUCUAAAUCUAGACUUUGACAAAAACAGAACCGCCAUUUUGUAUGAUAUGUUCGUACGCUUCCGUACAUCUUACUAUCAAAUCCUCCGCGAAAGAAGUGAAACGUUAUUCAAGACAGAUGCUUUUAGGAAAAUGUUUCCUAUGGUAAUCAUUGACUGCUCUCGACAAAACGAGUCCGUCAAAAGUGGCACCGUGGAUGUGCGUUUAGAAUUUGAAUUCAAAGAGAAUGUACCCGCGAAUACUACUGCCUAUUGUCUCAUCAUACACGAUCGCGUGAUCGAAUACAGCCCAAUGUCCAACGUAGUGCGCAAGAUUACAUAA